GAACACUGAAUCGGCUCCAUUAGUGUGAUGAUGCUCCAGGAUGGGUCAUUACAGCUCCUUUGCCUCACAGCCAGCAGCGGGGUUCCUCUCUUCACAAGGGGAGCCUCCAAGCAGCUCCCCUUCUCGGUCAUCGGCUCCCUGAACGGUGUCCACAUGUUUGGAGGUGGUCAAGGAGUGGUGUUGUCCUGCUGUGAGACCGCAGGCGAGGGGAAAGUAGUGUGGAGAGUUUUCCAGGACAGUGUGAUGCUCAUUGCUGUGAGUGGAGGAGGAGGUGGACAAGGAGGUGUAGGCAACAGCAGCAAAGAGGAGGUGCGUUUACAGCGUCUGUUGGAAAAUGUGUGGAGCUGCAUGGUGCUGGUGCUGGGGCAGGACGAGCUGGCCAAUAUGAGGAAUGUGGAGAGGCUGAAGAGGGACCUACGCUCCUGCUUUGGCCUCAUCGAUCAGCUGUUGGAGGACAGGCAAGAGGGCAUCCUGGGUAACCUGACACAUUGUGCUGACUCCCUGCUGCCUCCAAACCCGGCUCUCCUUCAAGAGGCUGUGGAGAAUUUUGCCCAAUCUGCAGACAGUGAGUUCGGUUGCCUCAUCGUCCAUGGGAGGAUAGCAGCGGCCACUGAAAAGUGGUGGCGCCUGGCACCACAGGAAGUUGUGCUACUCUCUGCUUUGAUGCGGUCCCUCUCAGCCUCUGGAUCAGCUUCUUGCGACUACCCAGUUUUCCUUCCUCAGGGCAGCCCCACUGUGGCCCACCGCCUGCUCCGCUUCCAGCUGCUCCCAGGGGCAGAUGUGUGCGUGCUGUGUGGCCCGACCCCGUCCCUGCACAAAGCUGAGAGUGGGCUGGUGUGCCGGUUCUGGUCUCCUCUGGUGGAGACCUUGAGAGACUGCUUGGCUGUUGGAGACCGCUGCUUACCUGGAUCUGUAUCCCUGCGUCCUGAUGUGCUGGCACUCCUUCUCAUCAACCGAGAAACACGACGUUCAGUGUCCUGUGUGCGAACUACCACUAAUCACCCACUUGGUGACCCUCCUUUGCCCUCCAAAGCCCGCUGCUGGGAACUACUGAAGCUUUUCUACAUCUUUAGCACGACACGCUACUUCAGCCAGGAGGAGACACUGAGCCCAGAGGAGAGGGCUCAGAGAGGCAACACCGAGGAUUUCGUCCUGGGAUUCUCCCACCAGCCGCUUCAGUGCUAUUUAGUUACAGAUGAGUGUAAAAGCUUCGGACUGCAGACACCACAACACCAGCUUUUCCUGCUCAUCCCACUUUCAGUCCCCACGCUUGCACUCCGUACAGUGGCCACACAGACGCUCUCUGAUAUCACUGCAGCUACUGCAUUUUAAUUAUGUACUGUAUAUGAGUCAUUAACCUGUAAUGUCUAUUCAGCACAACUGCAACCAUACACAGUUAUUGUUGACAAAGUGAUCAUGGAGUAGAAGAAUGAGCUUCCUUCU